AUGGCAAGCGUGUAUGACAAUAUACGCGCAGCGUGGCAGCAAAACGAGAGCUCUGAAGCUCUCCUGGAUUUGCUCUUGCAAAACGGCGCGGCAGCUGAAGUUGCGCAGCACAUCCGCUCAAGCGAAGCUCCGCAGGAGGAUGUUGGCCUGCUGGAACGCUGCUUCCAGGCGCUCCGCAAGGUCGCCCUCAGCGGCACCCUCCUCAGCGCUGCUGACGACGACGAUGGCACUGGGGGCGGUGGCGGCGAACACGGUGAGCUCGUCCAGCGGCGGCUGCAGCGCGCGGCUGCGGUCCUUUUUAAGGCUGGCGUAUCCGCCAUAACUGGCGAUGGCAGCAGCGGGGCCGCUGGCAACCGCGGCAGCGCCGCCGGCAACGAUGGUAAUGACUCACAUCUCAGCGCCUACACGUUCAUCCUCCUGGACAACCUGGACCUACUCAACUUCCAGCAGCUAGCUGCGCUGCUAUCGGACAUCUGUCGCGGGGUGGAAGGCGGCUCCUCGGGCACUCCCCGGCUGCUACAGCUGCUGCCCAAGACUGCCGUACGUUUACUGGAGGCGGGGGCACCCGAGGAUGAGGCGGAGGAGGAGGACGGCGCCGCCGGUGGCGGCGCACCUGCCGCCGCGGCGGCGGCACGCCACGUGGACACCGCACUGCACCGCAUCACACAUGCGGAUUGGGUUUCGGAGAGCGGCGGUAGCUAUGCCGUACAGAUUAUGGAGGCGCUGCGGGAUGUGCCCAUGACCCCCCAACAGCUCCACUGUGUGGUGGCCAAGUCACUGUCGGUGUGUGGGGCCUGUACGGAUCUCGCCGCCCUGCCCGCCCUGCUGAGGCAGCUGUUGAGGCUGGCGGCGCUGGGGCAGCGGGCGCUGGUGCUGAGGGGCGUUCUGGCGCUAUUCGACAGGCUUGAAGCCCAGCACUGCAAGGCACCAGACUCGGCUGCCCCCGGAGCCGGUGCUGGCGGGGCCCGGGGCCCGCCAUCGCAGGUACUGCAGAACGUCGAGGGUACGGCACUCGUCAUCAUCGCCGACGCGUUCAAGUACGACAGCGCGCUAGCGGAGGAGCUCCUCCGCUCCGUGCGGUGUUCCUCCGCAGCCCCCAGUCCCUUCUGUCUGCUGCUGCUCUUCACUCUGGCCCGGCAACACAAACUGGAUAGCCAGGUGGUCAGCCUUCUCAAGGCCAUGGUGGUGACGGCAUUCGAGUGGGACACAAUCCGGGGCCGUAGCGCUUGGCUCUCCUCCAUGCCCCAACUGCCCCGACCCACGGGUCAGCAACUGAGGACGGCACUGCUGAGGGCCACCAGGUACGGCGGUGUGGGGGGUGAGGUCGUGGUUCCAGGCAUCCUAGCCCUGGGUGCUGCCCUAAUGGCAGGAUGUCCACCCGAGGAGCUGCUGCCGCUGGUGAAGCUCAAUGAUGCGGCGCUGGCAGCGGCGGAGGCGGAAGCGGCCGCGGCGGCGGAGCAGCAGCAGGGUAGGCAACAGCAGUAUCAACAGCAGCACAGAGGCCCCGGCGCUGCUGCCCGAGACCCCGCUGCCGACUCAGCGGCCCCUUGGGAGCCCGCGGGUCCCCCACCCCCCCAACGGGGCUCCGCCGCGCUUCAGAGCACUCUCCUGGGUAUCCAACUGCUGCAGGCCGCCUUCGAAACCCACCGGGAAGCUCGACCCGAUGUGCUGCGACUGUGUCAGCAGGCGCUAGGCAGCAGCAGUACGGCGCCGUGGGUUGGUGGGGUGGCGGGCCUGGGCGGGGUGGCGCUGGGGGCAGGGGGACCCCAGGACCUCUCGCUUGCGGCGGUGGUGUUGCUGAGUAACCUGGUGGCGAGGUACCCGGCGCUGCUGUACGAGCAUACCGCCAGACUGAAGGACACCUUCCAGAACUUCCUGCUCCUGCCCGCGCCCUCCGCUCUCGGCCUAUUGCUGGGCUGCUGGCCUCUGGCUCGCACUCGUCAGGACCUGGCUAACCAUCUGGUGAUGCUUCUGAGGAAGGUCAUGUUCGCCAGAGAGGCAGCGAGCAGGCUGGUGGCUGUUCGCGGCUUUCUAUUCAUUCUGUUGCAGCAGCUGCGGGCCGCAGCCGGGGGGCCCGUGGCGGAGGAUGAGGACGGGCUCGGCUUUCUGCGCCGUGCGCUUGGUCAGCAGGCCACCGUACGGGCGGCGCUGUACGCAGGACUGUCCGACAUAAUCUUGGUUGAUCCAGGCUCGCGGGAUGUGGUUCUGGAGCUGGUGGCUCCCCAGUUUUAUCGCUACUUGACAGACGGUGCGGCCAUGCCGCCAUUGCAAGUCAAGUUGCUAGUUGGCGGAGGCAACGGCGCAGAGCCGGUAGUCCUCCUGGAGCCACUGCCGGCGCUGCUGGCAUGUGUACGGCGGCUGGUGGCUUUGUGCCGGGACCCGUGGGUCAGUGACGACGACGGCGGCCCUGGGGGCGUCGGUGGCGUACGGCAGCACGGUCUGGGGGUGCUGGUGGAUGAUGAUGAGGAUAAUGGAGGGGGUAAUGCCGGGGGGAAGGAUGUGGUUAUGGUAGUUGAUGACGAGUACGACGAUGCGGAGGGCGCAGAGGGAGCUCAGCUGACCGAUCUCGCAAUACGGAGUCUGGUGCGGGCCUGGGACAGUUUUGCCCGGCGCCUGAUUCGCUGCGAGGCCGAACACUUCGACCUCAACUGCGCCGCCGACCUAAACCCAGCCACUGCCAGCGGCGCCGCCAAGCAGCUGCAGGCUUGCUGCCUACUGGGUGCAGUGGAGGUGGUGAUGGAGGAGCUGGUCACUAUUGCCACCGGACCACGCGGCCCUGAAACCGCCGUACGUACCGGCGAACGCCUCGCCCGGGCCUUCGAGCUCCACUGUCGAGUGUACGACCUCGCGCGGGAAGCCAAGGCGCCAAGCGGCUCCAGAACCAAGCAGGCCGCAACUGAGACCGCAGUCGGCAGCGGCGGCGAUGGAUCCAACGGCGGCGCCACCGGCACCGCCACCGCCAUCGGCGGCACCGCGCCGCAAUGCCCCGGCGGCGGCGGCGGCGGCGGCACUGCCGCCGGCUCCUUGAAGCGUCCUCGCGACGCCGCCAACUUGAAGUGCGCCGACCUUAUCCCCGUGGACCAGCGCCCGUCCGCCAUGUCGUCCUCUUGCCUGGCUAAGCUGUGUAGCGGAGUGCUGAGGGACGGACUGGCGGCGGCACCGCUGACGGCUUCGGCGGCGGCGGCGGCAGUGGACGCGGACACCGGCCCCAGCGCACACACCCGCCUGGCCCGCAGCGCCGUCUUCCAGGCCUUCGUCCUGCGUAGCUGUUUGAACUGCGUGAGGGCGGCUGCGGCCACAACGAGUGGGGCGCUGGCGGACGCGCUGGUGGAGUGUGCGGCGCGGCGGCUGGGCCGUGCGGCGGCGCGGGAGGCAGCGGCGGGGGUGGUGGCGACUGGGUCGGGAGCGCAAUGUGCUGGCGGCAGCAGUGGCGGUGGUGGUAGUGGUAGUGAUGGCGCGCGCCGCGAGGCGGCGGCGGCGGACUCCCUCGCGGCGCUGGCGGUGUCCUGCAUGGGGGAGUUGUUGUCCGCCGCGGCUGCACUCGGCGGCCUGGAGGCGGUGGCCUGGGUGCUGGGAGGACUGCCCAUACAUUCCCAAGACACGCAGGCACAGGUGGACGAGCGAGACCUAUCCCCUGAGGACAUCGUAUUGGCCCGUCUGCCUCACUUCGCUGACAUGCUGGCUCGCCUCAUGUCCACCAGCAGCUUCAAGGAGGCCACUUCGCUGGUGGAAGUGGUGGUGGCGGUGGCGAGGAUGCUGCCACUGUCGGCUCGGCGACAGGUCAGCGACACGUGCUGGGAGCUGACGCACCAGACUGAGCCGCAGGUGACCCACGCGGGAUUGGUGCGGGCGCUGGUGGCGGCUUACGUGACGUUACGAGGCAAGUCUGAGAUGGAGGCUCUGCUGGCCGUCGCAAAUAACGUGCAGGAGGUGGUGGGCAAGGCGGGGCGCGAGACGCAGGAGGAGGUGACCGCCCCUGGAGCCCUCAAUGAGGGCACCGCCCAGCUCGCGGCGCUGGAGGUGUUGCGGCUGCUGGAGGGGCACCUGGCGGAGGGGGAGGAGCUGCUGGCAGCUGUGGUGGUCAAGGGGGGAGCGGCAGGGGCCGCCUCGGCAGCUGCGGCUGCGGCUGCGGUGGCGGCGGUGGAAGGUGAUGGAGCGAGUGGCAGCCGAGGCGGUCGUAGUGGCGGUGCGGGCGGCGGAGCGGGUGUUGCACGGGGCGGCAGCACCGCGGGCGCUGGUGCAGCGGCAGCUCGCUGUGUCUCUCAGUUGGUUGAGGCGUUGUGUCGUCGUCUGUCUGAGGUGGUUGAUGUGUUGCAGGUGGUGGUGCAGACACGGCUGGGCUACACGCAGGUAUUGGAGGUGCAGGUGGAGGUGCUGGUGAAGGUGUACCGGCUGCUGGGAGCGGUGGCCAAGGCGCAUCUGCCACCCAAGGGUUCCUCUUCCGCCGCCUUCACUGCUGUCCUGCCGCCACCACCUCCUCCACUCAGCCGCUCCUUCCAGGACCUUGUUUCGCUGGUCCACCGCGGGCUGACCCCCCCCGUGUACGCCGCGGUGUCGGACGAUCUGUCGGCCCCGGCCGGAGGGGAGGAGGGCGUCUCAACACGGCUGUCUCGCGCCAAGCUGAAGCGGGACGCCAAGGCAUACUCACAGCUAGUUCACGCCGCAGUGCUGGCAGUGCUGGCAGUGCUGGUAGUGCUGGCAGUGCUGGUAGUGCUGGCAGUGCUGGCAGUGCUGGGAGUGCUGGCAGUGCUGGCAGUGCUGGCAGUGCUGGCAGUGCUGGCAGUGCUGGCAGUGCUGGCAGUGCUGGCAGUGCUGGCAGUGCUGGCAGUGCUGGCAGUGCUGGCAAUUGAGGAGUGGGAGAAGCAGCUGCUGGCGCUGGAGAAGGCGUUUAAGGCCGUGGCGGAUGACCCCGAUGGCCCAGCGCCAGUCGCCGAGCCUGAGCCUGGCCCAAAGCGAAUUGGCGAAUCUUCAAAUGGACCCGAUCCAGGAGGUCUGGAAGGUCCUCUUCGCUCCAUCAGCCCCAGGCCUCCGCUCGUCCGCCAGGAGACGAGCCCGGAGCGUGCCGCGGUGCCCCCCUCCGUGCGGUAUGCUGAUAUGUUUCGGAUGUACGACACUGACAAUGACAAUGCCAUCGACCAUGCCUCCAUGGUCGCGGCCUUUGGCCAGCUGGGUCUCCUGAAUGGCCUCAACCCGAAGCUUUUGGCCCAAGUUCUCGGCCUCAAAGGAUCGGAGGCUGCCAUCCGCGCCCGCAUCUACCCACCACACGAGUUUCUCGCCCACUGCGAGCGACUCGCGCACUGGCAGGCCCGCCAGGCCCGAGAGCAUCGCAUCAAAGUGGCCUCCAAAGUCCCGGGCAUCCCUCGAGGCGCGGAACGCGCUGAGCUGCUGCGUCGCGUGUAUCACCGCUAUGCGGUGACCCCCGGUAUGGGCCGGUUGGUGACGGAUGCGGAUUACGCGGAGCCUAGGAUGACGAGCAUUCAGUUGCAGAAGGUGGUGCAAGACAUGGGCCUUAUGCAGCCGGCAGGCCCACUGAGCAUUGUUUCUGUGGACCUGACGUUCACAAAGUGCAAGGCGCCAGGUACCCGAAAGAUGGGGUAUCCGCAAUUUCUUAAAGCGCUAGCGGCGCUGGCGGAGCAGAGUGGGGCGGACGUGUGGGCAGCAGCCAAUGCCUUGGGGCUCAAGCUGCGACCUGCAGAGCCCCCGCCCAUGGAGGCCGUGUUUGGUACGGGCUACCGGUACGAUGAAGAUCCAGGCACGUAUUACGCGGAUCAGGAGCUUCCCGUGGAUGAGUUUGGCACCGUGCAGUAUUACUCCCAGAAGGCGCUGGACCUUUCGGGAGGCGCUGGGGUUGCUGGCCCCGACGACGAGCCCGGUGUGACGACCUCACUUCCGAACGGCCUUGGCACCAUGCUGGGAGGCCGUAGCCGGGGCCCCGGAGGGUUUCCUGGUGCCGGAGCGGCCGGCAGCGGUUUGUCUCCGCUUCCCCGGGAGGCCUUUGGCGCCGCAUCUGAGACCGGAGAGGGUCUGAUUAAAGAACCCCUGCUUGGGGGGGGAGCGGGCGGCUCUGCGGGAGGUACUCUAUCGGCGGCUCGUACCCUGAGCGGAAUCGCAGCACUCCCUCAGGGACAGGCCGUACUGGCCGCCUUCAAAUCCGGCAGCGGCGGCAGUGAUGCCUCGGUGGGUAAGCCCAUCCGGGCCUUUGCGACACCGCCUAACGGCACCACGCUGGCGGGAGAGGUCGACGGUGUCACCGCCGCACAGAUGCAGCAGAGAAUGGAGGCGCUGGAGCGGCAGCUGCAGGCUCAGGCAGCGGCUUUGGAGGAAGCUCGCGCUGCCGCAGCGGCAGCACAGCUUGCCGCCGCUGGCGGCAAGGGUGACGACGGCUUCCUUGAGGGGUCCGGGCCCAGUUCGCUGUUGGCUCGGCUGGCGGCGUGCGAGGCGGGCUUGGCGGCGGAGAAGGCGGCCGGAGCGCGGCGGGAGAAGGAGCUGGCAGCAGCUGCAGCGGCGGCAGCACGCCGUGACAAGGAGCUAGAGGAGCUUAAGGCCGCCACGGCGCGGCGGGAUAAGGAGCUGGAAGAUCAGCGGCAGCAGAUGGAGCAGCUGAAGGGGGCGGCUAUUGCGGCGGCAGCCGUCAAGGAUGGCAGGGACGGGAAGGACGGCGCGACUGCCCUGGCAGAGCUGGAUAGGCGCAUCCAGGAGCUGCAGAACCGCCCGGCCGAGGUGGGGGCCACGUCAGUGGCAGCAAACAAGGCGGGCAGUGGCAAGACUGGAGCGGCGACGUCACAGGCGGCCAAGUCGGUGGCAGCCGCGGCUGCGGAACUAGCGGCGGCGACAGGCGCCAUUACCGCCCGCAACCGGCAGCUGGGCGACCAGGGCCCCGGAAAGGAUGGCGCAGCGGGUGCAGUCGGCGCAGCAGGUUCUGUGGGUGCUGCAGGUGCCGUGGGUGCGGCAGGUGUGGUGGGUGCGACAGGCGCUACGGGUGCGAAAGGUGCGGUGGGUGCGACAGGCGCUGUGGGUGAGAGAGGUGUGGCCGGUGCUGCCGGCGCCAACGGCAUGGCAGGCGCCAAUAAUGGUCCCACGGGCAGCGGCUCUCCUAUCGAGCAGCAGAAGGCCGCUGCGGCCAAGGAUGCUCGUGACGCGCUUCUGGCGGCUAUACGCGGCGACAUCAACGCCAUCCAAGCGGCCCUGGGACAGAUCCUGAAGAAUGCAGCCCGCCCGGGCCGGGGCGGCCUGGGUGCGGGCGGCAGUGAAGAUGUGGCCGCCCUCGCCGCCGCAGCAGCGGAGGACCGGGAGAAGCUGAAGCAGCUCCAGGAUCUCGUGAUGGCGCUACAGGACGAUGCUGCAGCUGCCCGGGCAGCGGCAGAGGCCGCGGCGCAGCGAGCAGAGCAGAUGGAAGUUGAAGUUGCAGCCGCCGCUGCCGCAGCGUCGGCGGCGGCGGCUGCCGCUGCAGCGGCAGUCGCGUCCGCCCCACCGGCGGAGGCCGAAGAAGAAAGCGAAGCCGCGAAUGCGGAGGGCUCGCUAUCCUCACCAACGGGAGCGGCAACAGCAGAUCCCAAGGUCGCGGCUAGACCUGGAGUUGGGAAGGCUGGACCGGGCGGUAAGAAGGCCGCUGGAUAUGAUGGCAGCGGUGGUGGCAAUGCCAGUAGCUCAUCAGCCGCCGUAGGUGGCCCAUCCGCCUCGGAUGACUUGUCCCGCAUGGCCGCGUCACUUCCCGCAGCCCUGGCAGAGCUGGAUAGGCGCAUCCAGGAGCUGCAGAACCGCCCAGCAGAGGUGGUAGGGACAAUUGGGUCGGGAACAGCGGCAGGUGGAGGUUCCAGUGGUGCCAGCGCGAAUGCAGGCAAGGUGGAUACCAAGGCAGGAGCGGCGCCAUCGGCAGCGACGUCACAGGCGGCCAAGUCGGUGGCAGCCGCGGCUGCGGAGCUGGCGGCGGCGACUGGCGCCAUUACCGCCCGCAACCGGCAGCUGGGCGACCAGGUCAAGGCGAUGGAGGAGCAGCUGAAGCAGCUGCUGGCCAACGUAGCCAAGCUGCCAGAGCAGGGUGAGAACAAUGAAGGGACUGCCGGCACAAUCAGUGAUGUUGCUGGAGAUGAAGGUGGCGCUGGUGCCGAGCCUGGAACCCCUGGACUCGGCGCACCCACAGCGUCGAGCCCUACUGGUAAGGCUGCACGUGCAACCGGAGGCAAAGGUACCAGAGGCGACGUGGACGGAAAGGCCAGUGCAACCGAUCCCAACCGUAUGACUGGAGCCAGCAGUGGCGCCGCAGGAGCCACUGCCGGCACCGAGCAGCAGAAGAAGGCAGCGGCGGCCAAGAAUGCUCGUGACGCGCUUCUGGCGGCUAUCCGCGGCGACAUCAACGCUAUACAAGCAGCGCUAGGACAGAUCCUGAAGAAUGCAGCCCGCAAGAGCCGGAGCGGUGUGGGUGUGGGCAGCGGCGAAGAUGUGGCCGCCCUCGCCGCCGCAGCAGCUGAAGAUAGGGAGAAGCUGCAGCAGCUCCAGGAUCUCGUGGCGGCGCUACAGAAGGAGCUGGCCGAAAGCGGCGCAAAGGCUGGCGAGGCGCUGGACGCCGCUAAGAACGCCGAGGAUGAUGCUGCGGCUGCGCAGGUCACUGCUACAGCCGCUCUGGCAGCAGCUGCUGCCGGUAAUGGCAACGGCGCAGGGGCCGGAAGGAGUGAUGGAAAGGACGGGAGUGAUGGCAAGGACGGCACGGUGGUGGCAGCAGUGGCGGCAGCGCCGCCAGUGGCCUCGGCCGCAGCGGCGCUUGCGGCAGCAGCGGAGCUUGAGGCGAUGCGGGCAGCUCGCAUGGCGGCAGAUGCCGCAGCGAAUGCGGCUAAGCUUGCAGCUGCGGAGGCCAACGCUGCCGUCAAGAAACUGGCGGCGGCAGCAGAGGUCGCCACCUCCGCUGGCGAUGCUGCCAAGACUGCUGCGGUCAGAGCGGAGACUGCCGCAGCGGCGGCGACCGGUGCUGGCGAUGCCGCAACUGCGGCGGUGUCCAGGGCCGUGACGGCGGCGGCAACGGUGAUAAACACAGGCGAAGCCGCCAAGGCGGCGGCGGCGAGGGCCGAGGCUGCUGCGGAAGCGGCGGAGGACGCUGCUGCAAAGGCUGCUAUGGUACCGGCAAUGGACAUCGUGAAGACGGCAGGGGAGGCCCCGGAUGCUGUCUCCGUCGUGCCCGUCGACGAGAUGAACGAGUUGCUUGUAAAGGCGGAGGCAGCUACGUCUGCCGCAUUGGCUGCUGCAGAGGCAGCAAAGGCCGCCGCUGAGGCGGCGGUGGCGGCAACGGAGGCCGCCGCUAGCGCUACCGAAACUGCCAACGCCGCCGCUUCAGACGCCGACACCGCCGCUGCGGCAGCGACCACCGCCGGUUGCGCUGCGACUCUGGCGGCAUCCGCCGCUAAUGACGCUGCCGCCAACGCCAACGAGGCGGCCGCUAACGCCAGCCCCGGUUCAUCCGCCGCCGCCGGUGCUGACGGAACCAAUGGGACCUCCAACUUGGCUGCGCUGGAGCAGCGCCUGGCAGAGCUAACGGCACAGGCCGCGGAUGCCGGUGCCGACGGUGACUCCGCCAGCCGCCAUCCAGGCAGCCGCACCCUGAAGAGCGCCGACUCGGGUAUCCAACUGGGUCGCGUUGAGGACCUGGAUAACAAGGUCAAUGCUGUGGCGGAGCAAAAUAACAAUGCCCUGGCCCAGCUGCGGAGCCUGGCCGAUAAGUUGGCAGCUUUGGAGGAACAGGUGGAUGAGGCGAGGGAGGAUGCGCUGGCGGCGAAAGCCAAUGCCACUGCCGCUGCAGCUGGUUUGGCCGCUUUGGGGGCUGGUGAGCCUUCGGAGAUGACAAUCAAGCUAAUUUCGGAGGUAGAGACCCGGUUAACAAAGGAGCUGGGCGAGGCGUUCAAGGAGCUUGUCGUCCAAGCCCAAGACUUGGACGAGAUCCGGCAACGGCUGCAGGAUUUGGAGGCAGCUGCGAAGGCCGCCGGGGCGGCGGCAGGAGCUGUUGGGGUGGUGGGCGCAGCGGGAGCCGACGCAUCCGAGAAGGACACCUCGCAUUUCGUGACGAUGCCAGAGAUGCAAGAAGUCCUGGAUGUCAUUGCGGAGAAGAUGGAGGGACAGGCCAAGCAGCUCAAGACGUUGCACCGCAUGUGCAAUGACUUGCUAGGUGACAUGCAGGAGGCUGCUCGCGAUGUGGGUCAGAUGACGGUGCAGCUCAAGACACUGGAGGAGCACCACGAAAAGCUAGCGGCGGAGGUGGAGAGACUCAAGCGCGAGGGCGGGGUGGGCCCUGCCGGUGUGGACGGCGUGGACGGCGCCAAUGGCACCAAUAGGUUCACCUCGGCUCGCCGGGCUCUGCGCUCCGCACGGGCUGAACCCUCUCCGGGGGUGGUGCCGCCGGAUGGCACCGAGCCGACGGGCGCUGCCUCCUGGGAGUCGCUGAUGGCUGCGGACGAGGCGGCGCGGAUGCGCGACUUGGAGCUAGAUCAGGGGCUGCAGGAAGUCACGGAACAAUUGGAGGAGGCCAAGGAGGGAUUCCAUAUCAAGCAGGAAGUACUGCAGCAGAUUCUACUAAGGAUUGCACGGCAGGUGGACAAGCUCCAGAACCACAUAAACCAGAUGGACGAGGGCGAGGCGGAACGGCAGAUGGUCACGCAGUUUCGAAUUUCCAAUGUGGGGGGUCUCCAAGCCACAGCGCUGAAGCUGCUUCAGACAGGCAGCAGGCCGUCCUCACCGGCGGCCGUCGCCAAGAUGCUCGCCAGCCGGAACGUCUCCCUGGACCGAUCUGCAGCCGCCGAACUGGGCCUUAUGGAAGAUAAGCCAGGGGAGGUCCUGACCGCCGCCUCCAUGGGGGCAGCUGCCGCCGCCGCCGCCGCUGCGCAACCCGCCGCCGCCGCCGCUAGCCCUGGCGCUGCGGCUCCUCCUGCUGAAGGGAAGUGA